AUGUCACUAUCAAUGCGAGUUAAUCCAGAACGAAUCGCUGCUCGAUUAAGGAUCGAACAGGAAAUUGAAAUGGAUAAACUUUUUAAUCGGAAUCGACGGCAGCUUGCAACUCCAAAAGAAAUCUCCAUUUCCAUAACGGCACCAUUAUUUUCCAGUAGGCUGUUCGAAUAUGGUCACGAUGUAGGUGAUAAUCUAAUUCCGGCGGAAACGGACGCUGGAAUAAAAAUUUCUCUUACAAAUCCAGUUCGCUUAUAUGGGAAGGAUUAUUCAACAAUAUAUAUUCUCAGCAAUGGGGGAAUAGGAUUUGACGCAUCAUCAAAAAACUAUCAAACUAGAGUACUGCCAAGCGAAAUUGCAUUAAUAGCACCAUUUUGGAAUAAAAAUGACCUAAAAAAUGGUGGUCAUGUGUAUUAUCGUGAAGUCACAGGUGGUCGAACAUUAGAACGAGGACAAAGUGAGAUUCGAUACCAAUAUGAUAUGACUGUUAAAGUUAAAAGUUGUAUCCUAGUUACAUGGGAAAAAAUGCAACCAGUUGCAACAACACCUUUACCUGAUGAAAAUACGAAUACAUUCCAGUUGGCACUCUUUAUUACGGAUAAUGGUACCUUCGCGAAUUAUAUAUACAAAAAUAUAGGAUGGACUCAAGGAGCAGAGGCUGGUUUCAACAAAGGUGAUGAAAGUGAUUUCUACGCGUUACCUACUUCGGGUACAGGUAACAUUAUGUACUUGGAAGAAUAUGGUAAUACAGGAAUACCUGGCGAAUGGAUGUUUUUACUUGGUGAUAAUAGAGUUGAAAGGUGUAAAGCUGGAAUCAAAGGUGAUACGUGCGACGAAGAAUGUUCAACUGAUGAAUGGGGUCCAGAUUGCGUUUUCUGUUGUCAUUGCAACGCUGGGUCUUGUAAUACUGUUAGUGGUGCCUGUAUUAGUGGUCAAUGCGCUGAAUGUUGGUUCGAUGCCCCUACUUGCCAGAAAAGUUUGCUUUUUUUACUCAUUUGUUGGUGUUCAUAUAAAAUAAGGAACAUAAAUUUAGAGGAUCAGCAUUGUCGAUCGUUAUUAAACCCAUGCGCACAUAAUGCGAUAUCGUUCACAGAUUUCGAUCGCUGUGGUGAACCAAUCCAGAGGUGCCAAUGUUUAAAUGGUUAUGAAGGCGAUGGACACAAGCAGUGUCUCGAUAUUGAUGAAUGCAUCAACAAUGAUAUUUGUCAUAAACAUGCAGUUUGUAUUAAUACACCAGGACGUUUCUUUUGUCAAUGUGCUGAAGGCUUUAAUGGUGACGGUAUAACAGAGUGUAUUGCCACAUUUCUAUAUCCUUAUGAGGAUAAGAGUAAGCAGUUAUUGUCAAGGACGAAGAAUUCACAUGUUGUUUUGCACUUAAGAAAUCCGAUGGUGUUAUUUGGCGAAGUGCACGAUACAUUGACGGUUUCGACUCAUGGAAUAAUUGCUAUUGGAGAAGUAGAUAGCACAAAGCUAGGCAAUAAGUUGGACAUGAUGAGCGUGCAUGGCGUCGCACCAUUUUUCGCUCCGAUGGAUUUGCGAAAAGGUGGUCAAAUUUCAGUCGAUGAAACUAGUGAUAAUGAAAUAUUGGCGCGAGCAACUCAAACGAUUAUCCAGAAUUCAUUUGAUAAUUCCUUUAAAGCAGAAAGCGCUGUGGUCGUCACUUUCUUUAAUGUUACUAAUGGAACCAUUAAAGGUCCUGGAAACACUUUUCAAGCAAUCCUUAUCGCUGGAACAAAUAAAUUGCAUGAAAACGUCACUUAUGUUCAAAUGUUAUAUAAGGAUUUGCGGUGGAGCGAAAAUGCUGAAGCUGGAAUAAUGACUCUCAAUGAAGUGAAUUCAGUGAUUUUGCCGGGGUCGGGAACAGAAGGCAUUGAGCAGCUAAGUCAACUUAGCAAUAUUCAGACUCCUGGUCAAUGGUUGUAUCGAAUCGAUGCAGAUGAUGUACCUCCAUGUAAUCUGCCAAGUCAACAACCGCCUUACUGUGAUGCCGACCCAUCUUCAGCUAUUAAUCGGAAGCAACCGCUCCAACCAAAGUUAACUAAAGAACCGUCAUCACCUAGAAAAUCGCCAAGCAAACCACUCAGCGAACAACGGCCCCCUAUCGCAGUAGCAGAGGCAUUUAAACCAGAUUUAAUCGAAGUUGCUGCACCACGAAUCAUACAACCUAUUCUAAUAGAAGCCUCUUCACCUCCUCAGCCUAUAAAAACCCAUAAAUUUUUUGAUAUCGCUACUACCACGAGAACGACAACAAAAUUAUUUACUCCAAUUUUGCAAUCUCAGUUCACGAAAAAAAUCAAUGAAACGCUACAUAUACCGAUCAUAUCCAUUGAUAGUCGGGAUAUCGAUGAUUUGCCACCAGAUGCAUUUGAUAUUACAUUCCCACCAUUUAUCACUGUUGUACCUGAAGUAAUUACUCGUGUUCCUAAAUUAAAAGGUAUAUUCGAUGACAGUUCAUCACCAAUAAAAUUGCCUGUGACUUCUUCUUCAUUAUCAGAAAUGCCAACUACUGCUUCUGUUGCUAAAUCACGAAUGAUUGGUGAAGAGAAAAACUUGCAGGAGAAGUCACCAUUUGUUGUAUCAAAUAAGGAUGUAUUAUUCGCUGAAACUAGUGGAAGUGAUCUUAAUUUAACUAAACCACCGAUAACAAUGUUCGCUGAUGAUAAUACAUCUACCGAAAAUACAGAAGUAUUUGGUGUUGAUAAUUCGCUAUUUGACUACAACCCAACAAAAUUAGUAGUUAAGCCUAUAGAAACUAAAAAAUCAAUGCCUACGAAGCCGAAACUUGUAACUGCUCCAAGUCCGGCAGGUAGUGCGACUCAUGGGCCAUUCGAUAAUAAAAGUGGCGAUAAAUUAGAAACUUCAACAAGUAAUUUGGCGGUUAUUAUUCCAACAGCAAUUAUCGCUGUCUGGUUGCUUUUGUUGGCAAUAAUAGCUCUAUUUUGUUGUUGUCGCAAAAAGCGAGCAGAACGGCAUUUCCGCGAUUUAUACUUUCCAAAUCACCAAAUCCGACCUCUUGCGAUGAGUUAUCCUGGUAGGAAAGGUUCGAAGACCUUUAGUGGUUCCUAUGAGGAUCACUUGGAAAAAGCUGCGAGAUUAAGUUCAGAACUUGGUUCGUACUCUCAGAAUGGUAGAAUUUCUCUUUAUGGUUCGUACUGGAAUGUUGCAAAUCCAGCACCAACUACUACCUCAAAUGCUGUAACUAAUAGACAUAGUCCUUUCGCGCAUUAUGCAUCACAGCAGAUAGCAUAUUUACAGGUAAUAUAA